AUGUUUAGGUGUCAAGUCUUCAAAACUUACAGUAAAAGUUCAUCAUGGUGGGAGUUUUGUGAGAGGAAUGAUAAAUUACUUUAUAUUCAGGGUCAGGUUGAUUAUUUUGACCAUGUUGAAUCUGGGAGUAUUUGUAUUGAAGAAGUUGAGUUUCUCAUAGAGUGUUUAAGGUAUUGUGGGCCUCAUAAGAUUUAUUUUAGGGACUUGAGUGUGAAAGAACAUUAUGGUAUGAGGAGGUUAGUUGGAGAUGAAGAUUUGGUGUACCUCAUUCGCCUACUUUCAACUGACAACCCAGUUCUUGUACUUUAUCGGAUUGGGAUUCAUGAACCUGAUACCUUACCUUCUGAUAAGCUCAACCCUGGUGGCGAAAAUCCAAUUGCAGUAGAAGAUAGAGUAGAAGAAUCUGAUGGGGAUGAUUCUGAUCAAGAGAAUGACAAUUUGAUUAAUUUUGCUGUUGAUUCUCUGACAGCAUCGGGUUGGAGUACAUUGUUAGAAACCCCUUAUAAACAGAUAUCAAUGACUGAAUCAUUUACUUCUGAUUUACUUUUGCAAGAGCAAGGAAAUGGCAGUCAUGGUGGGGAAAAUGUUAUUCCACAUAAACCAAAGAAAGGGAAGAAGCCAACUGCCCAAACCGAAGAAAGUAUUGUAAAAAACAAAAGGAAAAAGCCAAUUGCCCAAACCGGCGGAAGAGCUGAAAAAACCAAGGGGAAGAAGCCAGCUGCCCAAACUAAAGGAAGGGCUGUAAAAACCAAAGAGAAUAACCAAUCUGCUGAAGCCAUCCUAAAAAAACUAAGGAAGCCGGUUGAUAGUGGUGCGUCUGGCAGUGGUCAAAAGACUAAGGCUCAACCCAAGAGACGGAGGAUUGGGAGGAAAAUUAGAAGGAAUCAACAUUUCUUGAUAGAUGAGGAUUUAACACAGAUGGAAGAUGUUGACAAUGUAAACGCGAAAAGAAACAACAGUGAUGGUUCUGAGAUAGGCAGCAAUUCUGAAAAUGAAAGAGAAAUCCAGAGAUACCUACAGCCUAAUACUGGAGUAAAUUUCUGGUGUGCUCUUUGUAGAUAUGGAAACCACACUACUGAAAAUUGUGUGGUACUAAAAGCUGAAGGGCAGAUGCGUUGUUAUCCCCUUGAACCAUCUGGGUACACCGAUGAUGAUGAUUACAUGUAUGAAGGGUGUUAUCAUUGUAGAAGCAAUGAUCACAUGGAUGAUAAUUGUCCAAUACUUGAUAUACAAUGUUCAUAUUGCAAGAAGUUUGCACAUACAGCAGUAGAUUGCCCUGAACUUGAGCUGGAUAAUCUUGCAGCUGCAAAUAAAGAAGCAUCAUCGGAGAACAUUAUAGCAAAGAGGGAUAGUCUGGCAGCUGAGAAGGAACAACCAUCAUCGUAUAACAUUCUAGCAAAAGAAAUAUUCUGGCAACUGAGCAGGAACAACCAUCAUCGGAGAACAUUCCCGCAAAGGAGCCUAUCUUACCACCACCAAACACAAAUCCACAAAGUCAUCCAAUUUUCAAAGCUAAAAAGAAUGUUAACCAGUCUCCCAAGAGAAGAAGUUCCAGACUUGUAG